AUGGCAUCGUCGGCGUCUGUGGUGGGAUCCGCCCGCGGUGUUGGUGGUGCUUCCAUGGUGAAGCGCAAGGUGGACGACCGUGUCAAGACGCUGAUCGACGACGUGGCCCACCACAAGCAUCGCGGCCUCAUCCUGCUCGUUGGCGACCGGGCCAAGGACCAAGUGGUAAACCUGCACCUCAUGGUCUCCCGUGCCAACCACAACGCGAAGGUGAAUAUCCUCUGGUGUAUGCGCAAGGAUCCAGACUUCGGGUCGACUGGCAAGAAGCAGCAAGAGAAGCGAGCCCGGCUGGAGGUGAAGGGCGGCCUCUCCACCGAGGCGUCCAAGGAGGCCUUCCAGACGUUCCUGGCGCAGACGAACGUUCGUUUCUGCAAAUACGCGGAGACGCACCGGAUCCUUGGCCAGACCUUCGGCAUGGCUGUGCUCCAGGACUUUGAGGCCAUCAGCCCCAACACGCUGGCCCGCACAGUGGAGACGGUGAAGGGGGGUGGCCUCGUCGUGAUCAUGUUCCGCGCAAUGCGGUCGCUGCGGCAGCUCUACACGAUCGCCAUGGACGUGCACGCGCGCUACCGCACGGAGUCGAAAAGGGACGUUGUCCCGCGCUUCAACGAGCGCUUCCUCCUCUCGCUGGCGGACUGUGACGCGGCCAUGUGUGUUGACGACGACUUGAAUGUCCUCCCAAUCACGGAGAAGAUGAGGACGUACGGCAAAAACCGCAAAAGCGACGCCUACGAUGCCGAUCUCGCCGUGCAGGGCCGCCUGCAGCACGAGGCGGAUUUGGCGAACGUCAAGGAGAGGCUGAGGCCGAGCGAGGAUGUCGGGCCACUCGUGCAGCUGUGCCAGACAGUGGACCAGGCCAAGACAGUGCUAUCCCUCAUGCAAACUGUCAUGGAGAAGCGGCUGGACUCAACGUGCGUCGUGACGGCAGGCCGCGGUCGCGGCAAGUCCGCCGCGCUCGGCAUGACGGUUGCGGGGGCGAUUGCACAGGGGUACAGCAACAUUAUGUGCACCGCCCCGACGCCGGAGAACGUGCAGACUCUCUUCGAGUUCGCGAUUCGUGGGCUGAAGGAACUGGGGUACCGGGAGCGGACGGACUUCGAGGCUCUGCAGGGUGUCAGCGAGGAGUUCGCCAAGUGUUUUAUCCGCAUCAACGUCUUUCGGGAACACCGACAGACAUUGCAGUUUGUGUCUGCAACGGACACAGCAAAGUUUGCGCAGGCGGAAGUGUGCGUGAUUGAUGAGGCGGCUGCGCUGCCGCUGCCGCUGGUGAAGCGCAUCUUGGGCCCCUACCUGGUCAUUCUGAGCUCCACUGUCUCUGGCUACGAGGGCACUGGCCGCAGUUUGUCCAUGAAGCUUGUGGCUGACAUGCGUCGCGGCAGCAGCAGCGGCGCCGCCGACGCGCGCCACCUGAAGGAGCUGUCGAUGAGCGAUCCGAUCCGUUACGGCCCGGGCGACCCAGUGGAGAGGUGGCUGAACAAGCUCCUGUGCCUCGACGCAACGAUGGAGAAGGCGCAGUUGACCACGUCUCCGCACCCGAGCACAUGCGAACUGUUUUACGUUAACCGCGACGCCCUCUUCUCAUACCACCCUUUGGCCGAAGAGCUGUUGCAGCGCAUCCAGUCGCUGCUUGUCGCCGCUCACUACAAGAACCAGCCGAACGACCUGCAGUUGCUCUCCGACGCACCGGGGCACCACUUGUUUGUGCUCUGCGCCGACAGCGUCGAGUCGUCCGCGGCCACGGCGCCGACGUCGUCGACCUCGGCGGCGGCACACCAGCCAAUACCAGACAUUCUCUGUGUCCUCCACGCCUGCGAGGAGGGCCAAGUAAGCGCACAGAGCAUCAAGAGCCACCUGAGUCACGGCCUUCGCCCAUCGGGUGACUUGAUCCCCUACACCCUGUCCCAGUACUACCUGGAGGAGGGCUUCGCAAAGUUGGCGGGGCUGCGCAUUGUCCGAAUUGCUGCAAACCCGGCGUUGCUUCGGGCCGGCUACGGCUCCCGCGCCCUCGCCUUGCUGCAUCAGUACUACAGUGGCUCCAUCUCACUGACAGCAGCGGAGCCGAAAGUAGUGGCAGCGAAGCACCGGAGCGGCGACACCGAGGCUGACACGCGUGGGCAGGCUGGCAGUGAUCACGACGGCGAGUCCUCUGCGGCAACCGCAAUACUUGCGCCGCGCUCGCACAUCACAAGCCUUCUCACGCCUCUCGUUGAGCGCCCUUACGAGCUGGUCGACUACCUUGGCGUCAGCUUUGGUCUCACAACGGAGCUACUUAACUUCUGGAAGAAGGCCUUGUACAUCCCCCUCUACGUGCGCCAAGCUGCGAAUGAGCUGACAGGUGAGCAUAGCUGUGUCAUGGUGCGGCCGAUGGGCUUCGACUUGCGCCCGCUGCAGCACGAGUUCCAGCACCGCCUGCUCUCCCUUCUGGCGAUGCCGUUCCGCCACUUGCCAACAGAGCUCGCCUUGAGCCUUGUGUGCGACUUGGAGGCGCACGAUCCGCACAAGCUAAGCGCGUCGACAGACCUGUCGGAGGUCGACCACCACGUUGUGCGCGUGGACGGUGUUGUGCAGGCGACAAGCGGCGACAUUGCAGCCACCUUCACCGCCGGCGAUAUGCGGCGCCUGCGUCUUGUGUCGACCGCGUUCGUUGAGUGCGGCAACGUGCUCGACCUGGUCCCGAUACUGGCGAAGUGGUACUUUGGGAAGCGGUUCUUCCGCUGCCCAGACGGCACCGACGGCGUUGUGCUCUCGCAUGCGCAGGCAGCCGUGCUACUGGCGGUAGGCCUGCAGUGUCAAACGGUAGAGGAGCUGGCUGCUCAACCGGCUUUCUCUGCCGUGUCGACUCAGCAGCUGCGCGCGCUUUUCCUGAAGGCCCUCUCUCGCCUCUCGGAGCACAUCACCACCCUGCAGAAGAUCGCCAAGGCGGAGCAACAUGAGGGCAGAAGCGUCAGUGUGCGGGAGAGCAAGUGCGCACCUUCUCAAUCGGGUGGCGCGGCUGGUGACAGCAUCACCAUUGGCGGGACUGCUGAAGAUGUCGAAGAUGCGGAGGAGAUCUACGACAGUCACGGAAACUUGAAAGGACUGAAGGUGGCGCGUAAAGUCAAGGCGCAGGUGUCUGUUGACACGACGUUGCUGCGAGACACGUCGUCGUCUGUCUCAGGCAACGCGUCGGCCGCUUGUCAGGGUCGCGACAGUCUACAGGAUGUUUUCUACCGUCCAAAGAAGAAGGCGUCCAGACAUCUCUGA